AUCAGUGUCAGGGCGACUUUGAGUGAAAAUGGUGGGUUCUGGGAAAUUCGGGCCGCUCGUGGGGGCAAUUGACGAGGGCACCUCGUCGGCCAGAGUGUUGCUGUUCAAGGUGGAGACGUCUGAGGUGGUGUGCUUCCACCAGAAGGAGAUCCGGCAGAUUUACCCGCAGGAAGGAUGGGUGGAGCAGGACCCGAUGGAGAUCCUGACCGCUGUGCGGGAGUGUCUGGAGGAGACGGUGAGGAAGCUGACAGAGCUGGGUGGCUGCAAGGAGGACAUCGUGGCGCUGGGCGUGACCAAUCAGCGCGAGACGACAGUGGUGUGGAACAGGAAGGACGGACGUCCUCUGCACAAUGCCAUCGUGUGGCUGGACAUGCGGACGUCUGCCACGGUGGACGAGUUGCUGGACAAGGUGCCGAACAAGACGAGAAACAAGAAUUACUUGAAGCCACUCUGCGGCUUGCCCUUGUCGCCGUACUUCAGCGCCGUGAAGCUUCGCUGGCUGAUUGAGCAUGUGGCCAGAGUCCGGGAGGCUGUCAAGGCGGGCAACUGCCUCUUCGGCACCAUCGACACGUGGCUCCUGUGGAACCUCACCGGCGGCGCUCAAGGAGGACAGCAUGUCACUGACGUGACGAACGCCUCGCGCACGAUGCUGAUGAACAUCGAGACUCUGCGCUGGGAUGCAAAGCUGUGCAGCUUCUUUGAGAUCCCCUCGGAGCUCCUGCCCGAGAUCCGGAGCAGUUGCGAGAUUUACGGACGCAUGGCGAGUGGUGUGCUUCAGGGAGUGCCUCUGUCGGGAUGUCUGGGCGAUCAGCAGAGCGCUCUGGUGGGACAGCAGUGCCUGGAACGUGGCCAGGCCAAGGCGACGUACGGCACGGGAUGCUUUCUGCUGUACAACACAGGAACGGUGUUUGUGGAUUCCACUCACGGACUGCUCACGACUGUCGCCUAUCAGAUUGGGAAGGACGCAGCGCCAGUUUACGCCCUCGAGGGCUCCGUGGCCAUCGCUGGAGCCGCUCUGGGCUGGCUCCGGGACAACAUGGGCAUGAUUUCCAGCGCCAAGGACUCCGAACCGCUGGCCAAGAGUGUGGACAACACCGGAGAUGUUUACUUCGUGCCGGCAUUCAGCGGAUUGUACGCUCCGUAUUGGAAUCAGGAGGCGCGUGGCGUGAUCUGUGGCAUCACGGAAGACACCCAGCAGAGCCACAUUGUCCGCGCGACACUGGAGGCUGUCUGCUUCCAGGUGCGCGACAUCCUGGGCGCCAUGAACAGCGACUGUGGCAUUCCGCUGCAGAAGCUGCGCGUGGACGGCGGCAUGACGGAGAAUCGGCUGCUGAUGCAGCUCCAGUCCGACCUCAUCGGCCUGGAGAUCAUCAAGCCACGCAUGGCGGAGACCACGGCUCUGGGCGCCGCGAUGAUGGCCGCGUGCGCCGUGGGGAAGUGGGACGUGAAGACCAUCGAGGUGCCGAUGGAGAGCAUCCGCUACGAGCCGAAGAUCGGCGUGGAUGAGCGCGACAUGCGCUACUCCAAGUGGAAGAUGGCCGUGGAGCGAUCCUUCGGCUGGGACAUUUGACCCUCAGCCGGUCACGCUCACCAGUCCGAGGACUGGUGAUCUCUUGGGAGAGUGCAAAGAGCCUAAAACUUAAUGUCCUUCGUUAAUUAUAUUCACUUCAUUCCUCUACAAAAUUCAGCCUUUCCACACCCGGACAGUUCCCGGUCCCAAAAUCGACCAACACACUAAUAUUAGGAUUACAAGGAAUCGGGACUCUUCAACAUUCUCACCGGGAACUGUCAAGCACAAUUCCACGGACAAAGUGUAUCACUAAAUCUUGUAAAAAAUGCCUUUUUAAAAACAUUUACAAUAAAUGAACGAAAUUUACACGAUA